AUGGGCGUCGCACUGCUCAGUCUACCGAACGAGGUUUUGAUCGUAAUCAUAGAGCACGCAGACAGUGCUUGCAAGAAAACAUUCCUCGAUCUACGACUUGUCAGCAAGACUCUGGAGCAACUUUGUCAUGAACGGUUUCUCCGCUACCUGGAACUGCUCCGGAUAGAUCCAUCGCAACACCAUAACCUGACGCGAUUGAUGGAGAUCUUGUCAAGUCCCGCACAUGCCCGUGCAGUCAGAGGCGUGGCAUUUGAUUUUGUACGAGACUGGCGUAAUGUGUGGGCCGUCACGCCACUUGUUCAGCAGCUUUUCGACAAAUUAAGCUCCCUCAAUGUCAACCUCGAGCUAAAAUUCAGUCCUUACGGCAGCAACGAAUGGAUCUCAGAGCCGUGCAUUGUCCAUUACAUUGUUGGAAUUGUGAAACAGGUCUUGACAUCUCACAUGUCGGUCGGUCGUCUCAUUGUAAGAGCGAAGGAUUGGGACCCAGAUCUCCAACUCGACAACAUGCUGUGCAGACUUGAGAAGUUGCUCAUAGAUCAGGAAAAGGAGGCACAAGCAUCUUCGGUAAAAUCUCUGGUUGUGGAAUUCACUCAUGGCGAGGUUGUCUAUGAUAGACAACGUCGUUAUCUACACUUCACGCAAGUGACGGCCCAUGAUCUACAUGCGAUCGGUCAAUGGAUCCAGGAGAACUAUCCCGUCGAGCUCGUAUUGACAGGCUGCCAAUUCUUUGUUGAACAGCUGGACGGUGUCCUGUUGCGUACUGCGCCGUCUAGUCCGUUGUCCCGUAUCACAAUCAACAAUGCCCGUUUGAUGCAUCUCACCUCCUUCUUCGGAGGAAGCCAAGCAACAACACCACUUCACAAGCUAUUGUCACACAUUCUGCGGCACUCGAAAAACCUCAACUACCUACAUCUAGAGAACAUUCGAGUUGAAACACCACAUCCACGAACACUUAACUUCGUGGGUGAGAACAGGGUUCACGUGACAGACGAGGUGAAUAUCCGCGAGACACUUACACAUCUGAUGUCACAGCUAGCGGAAGAAGAUCAUCCUGAGGUUGAAAGCGAGGACGUCGAAGACGACGAGGAAGACGAUGAAGAUGGGAGCGCGUGGGGUUAUUCUACUAUCGCUCACGAUUCCUACGAAUAG